AGUCAAUAAUACUAUUGAAUAUAUUUUAAUGAUACCCAGUAGAAUUUGUGUAAUGAUUUAUUGUACGGGGAUACGAUGCAUUUUGAUCGGGUAAUAUGGCUUUUGUAAACGAAACAAUGUAUACAAAUGAGAAAGACUUGUUAAUGGACGAGACGAUCACUGUGCAGCGAUACUGUACUUAAAACUACAGUGAAACAAACACAAAGUCUGAUAUGGAUAUAGCAAUGCAAAUAUGGAAUAUUGCUGUACCGAAUUUACUACAAUCCGGCACAAUAUUGCAUAAAUGGGACGAGGAGUCCAGUGGAGUCCAUGAAUGUCAUUUUACAGUCGAUCGAUAUGGUUUUUUCCUCGCUUAUCGUGAGCCUGAAAAGGAACCGUCUUGUGUGGACCUGAGUAAUGUAACUGAAGUGAAGCUAGGAGGAUUUCUGCCGAAGGGUGUGAAACGUGAAUACGAAAGAUUAUUUAAUAGUGAUGGAAAGGCACGAAGCAGCUUGGAAUGCAGCGGUCCUGAGCCUAUUAAGGAUCGAGUGCUUACAAUUGUUGUUUCACAAAAUCUGGUGGAAACAACUAAUAUAUAUCUCUGUUCAAGUUCUUCAAGGGUUGCAAGGGAAUGGGUUGAAGGCUUACAGCAAAUAUGCAAUUCUGUAAAAGCAACAAACUUAAGUGUGAUGGCUAUGCUUUUAAAAUUAUAUGUAAAGGCAACAUUACUAAAGGUCAAUGGGAAAAUUUCAGUGAAAAGUAUCUGUAAAUGUUUCAACUGUGGUAAAAAUUAUGAAAAGCGUAUCUUGGAUGGUUUACAAGCGAUGGAUCUGCCCCAUGAAAAGAAUGACGAAAUUGACCACACCCUAUUCACUUUUGAAACAUUUUACCAACUGUAUGCAACAAUUUGCCCAAGACAAGAUUUCGAUCAAAUCUUUACCAAAUGGCAAGCCGGUAAAGCACCUUAUAUAACCCCCACGAGACUGAUGGAAUUCAUCAACACUGAACAGCGAGAUCCAAGCGCGAAUGAGAUCUUGUAUCCCUAUUGUAACAAAGAAAAAGCUAUCAAAAUCAUUAGCAAGUACGAGAAAUGUGCAGAAAUGGUGAAUCAAGGACGUAUGAGUGCUGAUGGUUUAUCACGAUAUUUAAUGUCGGAUGAAAAUCUUAGCGUGAAAUCGGAAAUCUUUGAAGUACAUCAAGAUAUGAAUCAACCUCUCUCGCAUUAUUUCGUAAACUCCUCACAUAACACGUACUUAACAGGAAGGCAGAUUGGAGGAAAAUCCUCAGUAGAAAUAUAUCGACAAUGUCUGCUGAGCGGAUGCCGUUGUAUUGAAUUAGAUUGUUGGGAUGGUCCUAACGAUGAUCCCAUCAUUACUCAUGGCAAAGCAAUGUGCACUAACAUCAUGUUUAAGGAUGUUAUCGAGGCUAUUAGAGAUACUGCUUUCGUCACCUCGGAGUAUCCAGUGUUACUUUCGUUCGAGAAUCAUUGCAGUAAGUACCAGCAGUAUAAAAUUGCGUGCUACUGCACUGAAAUACUCGGAGAUCUCUUGUUAUCCUCACCAUUCGACUCCCACCCGUUGGAGGAGAAUCAACCUUUACCUUCACCAAAUCAUUUGAAGAGAAAAAUUCUAAUAAAAAAUAAGAAGCUACGACCUGGUCAGGAAUCAAACUUUGACUCGGAAAGUAUUGCUUCCUCAGAAAGCCGUAAAUCGAGUGAAGUUCGUCUUGAGGACAUCAAGAGCGUUCGACCACGCAUGACAAGGCUAUCUGAGGAUAACGACGGGGAAGAGGCAGCGCUGAAAGAGGAAGACGACGGAUUUGUUAAUAUUUUAACGGACGAAAAGACUUUACGUUCGUCAAUUAAUUCAGAGAGAAACAACCAUAACACGAACGAUAAACGUAGGCACAACUUCAGGCAACGAAAGAAACGUUCGCUGGAAGAAGAGGACGCGGCGAAACGGUUCAAUGGUUGUAUCGACGAAGGAAGAGAACAGCUUGAGGAGGAAGUUUCGAAUACAGAAGUUGAGGGUGUGAUUAGAGAGGGGGGUAAAAAUGCACUCGAUGCUUUUGAUGAGAUGAUGUUGGAGAUCGACUCUUCGGAUUCAAGUGAUUCCAAAGAUGACGACGACAAACAUUUGGUGAUUAUGUCGAAUAUUUGCCUGACUGAAACCGAGGCGAUGUACCCGACAUUAAGUAAAGACAAGCGAACAACAAAGUUGCCGCCCGAGGUCGAGUUGAUGACAGCGAGGAAGAGUUCGUCAGCGAGUACGGAUUCCACGCAGUCUGACGAGGAACGAGAUGUGAAACGAAGCGAGAGUUUUGCGUCCUUUGGAAGCUCCAUCAAAAUUGUCCAACAACGACAGAAUUCCCAGAGCAGUAUCAGUACAGAUGAGGUGGUGGAUAUUUUAGCAAAUUACCAUCAUUCAGCGUCGCUUAGCAACAUUCAUCCCAGUCUCUCGUGUCUUGUCAACUACAUGCAGCCGAUUCCUUUUCCAGGCUUUGAGAGAUCCGAAGAAGCGAACCUUCAUUAUCGAAUGUCUUCAUUCAACGAGGUUGCCGCUUUUACACUUCUUAAAGGCAAUCCAGUUGAAUUCGUCAGAUACAAUCAGCGACAGCUUUCAAGAAUAUAUCCCAAAGGUAGCCGUGUCGAUUCCAGUAACUACAUGCCCCAGGUUUUCUGGAACGCUGGUACUCAAAUGGUUGCUCUGAACCUUCAAACAACAGAUCUCGCUUUCCAAUUAAACUCGGGGAAGUUUGUUGAUAAUGGCAGAUGUGGAUAUUUGUUGAAACCUUCGGUGAUGAGAAAAAGCGAUAAAAACUUCGAUCCGUUUACUGAACUUCCUGUGGACGGCGUGGUGGCGACGUGUAUUAGUAUUAAGGUCAUUUCAGGGCAGUUUCUAUCGGAUAAAAGAGUUGGAACGUAUGUGGAAGUAGAUUUGUACGGCCUGCCCACAGACACUGUCAGAAAGAGAUAUAAAACCAAAAUAGUCAACAGUAAUGGAAUGAAUCCCGUUUAUGACAGCGAGGAUUUCUCGUUCAAGAGGAUUGUACUGCCAGAACUGGCGUUACUUCGCUUCACAGUUCUUGACGACAGUGAUCGAGUCCUAGGACAGCGAGUUAUUCCAGUUAGCUCGAUUCAACCAGGUUAUCGUCAUAUUCCGUUGUGGACUGAAGGAUGCCGUCCGCUAUCUCUUUCAACACUAUUUUGUCAUAUAUCACUGAAUGUCUUUGUGUUUGAAGGAUUUUCUUGUGUUGUUGAUGAGCUCUCGCAGCCAAUCAAGUAUCAGUCUGCCGUUGAGAAAAGAGCUGAGGCGAUUUGUAGGAUAUUUGAUUUUGAAGAGGAUUAUGACGAGGUAUCUGAUACAUAUCCAACGAACACAAAUGGGUUUAGUCAGAAGUCUCCCAAAGGCUCGUACAACUCAUUACCACUGGUGAAUUUCUCUCCUAACAACAGAAGAGAAUCGACUGUUACCCUUAGUCUUUCAUCUUCGGCAUCAAGUUUACAAUUCAAUAACUUUCUGUUGGAUCGACUUCCCACCCAACUCGAAAGUAAUCUCGAAGCAGUGAACAUCGAGGAAUUAAAGAAAGAUAAGGUUUUUACAAAGUUGAUGAAGAAACAUCAGAAGGAAUCAGACACCUUAACAAAACGAUUAGUGAAGGAACGAACCGCGCUGAGCAAAACUCACAACGCAGCUUUGGAAAAACUUUUCCUAAACGCUCAGAAGAACAAAGAGAAUGAGAAAAAGACUUUUGAGAGAUCAAAGAAAAAAUACAGUGGUAGUGAUCUGAUACAGCUUCAAAAUGCUCACGAGCAAAAGUUGGCAUACCUUACAACGGUACAGCAACAAGAGGUAAAAGCUGUGAUUAACAAGCAAUCUGAAGAAUGGUCAAACUUCAUUUCACAGCAAGUAAAGGAAGAGCUCGAUUUGUACGACAUCCAUUCGCCACAGAAAUGUUCGCUUCUAAAGAAGUUACUUGAUGCCGCUCAUGAUAGUCAGUUGAAAGUGAUGGAACAGAGGCAUGAGAGGGAAUGCUCGGAUCUACGAAAGAACCAGGGAAAACAGUCCGUAGAAACGUCCAAAAAUGCUGGAAAACAAAUUAAAUGCAAAGAAGAAAGAGAGAGGAUGCUGCGAGAGUUAGACAGACUAAAUAUCAAAGAUUUUAUGGAAGAAAGACAAAGGCUGGAAAACAGACAAUUAGAAGAGGUCGAUGAAUUGAAGAAAUUCCAUAAGAAUGAGAAGGAACAGUUGGAUAUUAACUUUCAAAAGGAAGUUAAAGAGCACAAGGACGAGAUUAGGUUAGGAGAAGAAGCAUUAAGAAAACCAUUCUUGUUUACAUGAACCCAUAAAGAGAAAUGGAAACGUCUUUUCCAAAGGUAAUAUGGGAAAGACGAGAGAGCCUCCUUUCCACGAAAGUAUAAAAAGAAUCACUCCAUGACAACGUCCAACUCCUAUAAAGAGUCUGGAGAACUCUAUUAUAAAAGUUCGAUACCCAUACCUAAUAGAGGAUUUCUCAGAAUUUGAAACCAAGGUUGUUAAACAAUUUUACUGAAAUUACGGCGACUUCAUUGUCUAUCAAUAGACAAAACUGGUACUUUACCAUUGUGCCAUGCAGAUCACGUUAUCCGAUGAACGAAACCUUCGUUCAUUUUCU